AUGUAUGCCUAUGAAAAUUCACCUUUAUUUCAAUCUGCAUUAUUUAGAGAUUCGAAAUAUUUAAUUUCACUAGUAGCAUCAUUUUUAUUUUUCCGCUUGAUUACAUAUCUAGCGAGAGAAAAUGAAAUUGACAAUACACAAUUUUCUCAUAUACCUAUGCAUAAAAAAUGGAGAAUUUCAAAUGAAUACAUUUCAUUAAUUCAUGCUUUAAUUUGUUCUGUAUGGGCAAUAUUUUUAAUUAUUAAAUUAUCACCAGGAAAAGAUAUUUUUGAAUUUUCAUAUUAUUCUGAAAUGGGUCAUAUGUUUAUGAUGAUAUUUGGAUAUAUAAUCAGUGAUUCUAUAGAUAUGAUUGCAAAUGAAUGGUCAAUAAGAGUUUUGGUGUUAAUGUUUCAUCAUAUACUUGUUUCAAUAGGUUGUCUUUAUCCUAUUCUUAUCAAACAUUUUGGAGGAAUUGUAAUAAUAGGAUUUUUAAUGGAAGUAAAUACUUCAAAAUUUAUUACGAAUAAUGUUCCAUGGUGGGAAACAUUUGCAUGUUGCUUAGUUUCAAUUGGUCUAUUGACAACAAAUACUGUUCUUUUUUAUAGACUUUUGUUAGCUGAUAACUUUUUAUCUGUUAAAAAAAUAGGAUCACUUGAUAUUGAAGAACAAAAUCUUUUAGAUCACAAUGGUCAAUUGUCAGUACCAACUACACCUUAUUUCACAGCUCCAACAACACCAGAAAGUGUGACAAUUGGAACUCAAACAUUGUUGUAA